AUCUAUGUAUAACGAUUUUUAUCGUUACCGAUUUCAAUCAUCUGUUUAACUGCAUCAUUGAUAUUCCCCUUAUCAAUUUUCUAAGAGAAUUCUUUUCUUAUUUACGUUAAUCGAGUGUCUUUCAGAACACUUUGUGCAGCCGUUAUGCAAACUUUUAAUUCUAUUUAUCAUUGACUUUUUAGUAUUAAUGUUUGGUAGCCUCAGUGAUGAAAGGUUAUAGUGUUGCUCGGAAUAAUUGCAAACUUGUUUAUUAAGAAUUCGUUCAUAGAAGGAGAAUUCAAUGGGAACGUUAUAGGAUUUAUUCAAUAAGUUGAGAGAUUGAAUUAGAACUUUCUAAUCUAUAUAGAAGAAUAAUUUUGAUGGAAAAAUCAACAAUGAUUAGCAGUGUGCUAUCGAGUAUCUCAGGCGCUGUAAAUGCAUCUGAGGACGCACUUCGUCUUAUUAUUUCCAUUUUCCUUGUUUACUAUGACAGUUAUGAGUCUUAGGAUUACCCAUCGCCCUUCUUCACAGGUACAUGUUAUAUGGAAAGACUCCAGUUUAUCAGCAUUUAUAUUUCAUAACUUGUGGGGUUUUAACCUGCUACUGGAAUUUUGGAUUUGAUACGGUUCAUUCAACAGUAGCAUUAUGCUUCACAUAUUUUAUCUUGAAACUUCUUGGUGGUACUUCCGCAUCAGUUUUUAUCACUCUUGUCUUCAACAUGAGCUAUCUUUUAUAUGGAUAUUAUGCGACAAGUACAAGUGAUUACGACAUAAAAUGGACUAUGCCCCAAUGCGUGUUAACUCUACGAUUAAUUGGUCUCGCGUUCAAUGUAUUGGACGGAAGAAAAUCCGAAGACAAGCUGUCUGCUUCGCAAAGAAAAGUGGCUUUGAAAGAGAAGCCAACAUUUUUGGAAAUUGCAGCAUAUAUGUAUUUUCCAGGGUCAUUUCUAGUCGGGCCACAAUUCAGUAUGAAAAGAUAUCUGGAUUACGUAAAUGGACGACUUAUGGAUGACAAUUCUAAGAGAAACCCUACUGAAUUACCGGAUUGCGUUGUUCCUGGUAUUUCUCGAAUGGGCGUUGGAAUUCUAUACAUGGCGCUUUACCAAUUAGGAUCCUCGUACAUCUCGGAUCAGUAUCUUCUAGGUUUAGAAUUCCGGAAACAAUCCUUCUUAAAGCGUCUUCUGCUUCUUGGAAUUUGGGGGCAAAUAAAUCUUUAUAAAUAUAUUUGCUGUUGGCUUCUCACUGAAGGGGUCUGCACAACCUUUGGUCUAACAUACAGUGGUAAAGAUGACAAAGGUCAACCUCUUUGGAAUGGUUGUGAAAACGUGAAACUGUUAACUUUUGAAACAGCAAAUCGAUUUAAUCAUUAUAUCAUGUCAUUUAAUAUAAACACCAAUACUUGGUCUGCCGAGUACGUUUAUAAGAGGGUGAAAUUUCUGGGAUCAAAACUGUAUAGCCAAUUUAUCACGUUACUCUUUCUGGCAGUGUGGCAUGGAUUACAUUCGGGAUAUUAUGUAUGUUUCUUCCUUGAGUUUAUCAUCAUGUACGCUGAGAGAGAUUUGACUGCGAUGCUGGAGAAACAGGAGAAGCUGCAGAGUUUAUUAAAAGCCCAUCGCGAACUUCGGAUCCUGUUUUGGAUACUUACAAAAAUUUAUACAUUUGUUUUCAUGGGUUAUUGUCUCGUUUGUUUCGUUUUAUUAUCAUUUUCUCGUUACCAUCAAGUUUAUUCUUCCGUUUACUACUGUGGUCACAUAAUUUAUCUGUCGUAUCCAAUUGUUUCUAUAUUAAUUAAGAAAUUCCUUCUUAAAAAGGCUUCCAGGAAAUCGGAGUAAAUAGGCGAAUUUUUAAGGGACUAAUAUGUGAUAACUUUUUUUCUCGAUUGUUUUGUUAAGGCAGAAUUUUUCGUGUGUGAAAAGUAAACAAAUUGUAUAGGUAUAAGAAACAUUUACAUAUUAUGUUUUUAGACGAUGAAUAAUAAUUUUUUAUAUAGUUAGAGAGUAAUAAACACUUGCAAUUUACGUACAAAUAGGAACGAUUUUUAGUUGGGUUAUUUUCUAGUAGGUUUUCAAAAUUCUUAACUGGGUUUCCUUUGGACAAAAAAUAUGUUCACCAAUUUCUUCCAGCGCUUGCUCAUGAUUUAAAUUUGCUUCUUUUAACUAUGAAUUUAUUAACUUUAAAAUGAAAUUAGUUGAAGCAACUCUUAUACCCUUUAACGAUACGUUCUAAUUACUUAUCACACUGUUUAAUUUUGAGGACACAUUUUUGAUUUGACAAUACGUAGUGUGUCAAAUCAAUGGGGCUUACUACUUAAGGGAAGACGGCAAUAUAUUUCAUUAACCAAUUAUCACAGAUUAAACCAAUCAUACAUGAUGCCAAUAAUUAUGACUAUUUAUUCACGAUUGGAAUACAUUCAAUGUCACUAUAUCAUUGUGUAAAGCUUAAAUUGGCGAUCGUAAUCACUUUUCCUGGUUAAAAUGUAACGCUUCUUGUUUAAUUCUUGCAAAGCAAUCAGGAGAAUAUUUAUUGCGGCGAAGCUUUAUAAAAAAUUUUUUACUAUAAGGAAAGAGUACAUAUUUUUUUUAAAUAUAAUUUGAGGAGUGCAAAUUUCCUCAAUCUAUUUACUAAAUAUGCAGCAUUAAGAAGUUGAAAUAUGAAAAAAAUGUGAUAGCGGCUGUGCAAACUAACUACAUAUAACGAUUAUAAAAACAUAAACACAUUCUGUGUAUGGGAUAUUCGACGUUGCAUAUGCUUAACAAUGUAUAGACUAUUCCAUAAAAAUGAUCGUUCUUUGUACAAGACUGUUAAACGAAAGCGACCAAAUUUUGUUGUCAUCAAGAUAUUAUACUGAAAAGUACAAAAGAAUUUUAAAGUUGGUCUAAAACAAACAAUAAGACAUUAGUUAACAAGCAUAAAGAAUUUCUCGGCGUAAUACGCUGUUGACUUUGAAACUUACCUCUUACGCAGCUCUUCUUUUCUACACUCUUUGCUUUCUUACCAGUAAGUUCCUAUUGAUAAACAUUAAAUUUUUAUAUAUUAAUAUAUUUUUAUAUAUACACGAUAUUUGACUUUUAAAUCUGAGAAUCGAAGAGAAAGUGGAGAAACAGGAAUCGAGAAAUUCUUUCUGUUCGGUUGAAAAAGCGAAUUGAUCGAGUUCCUUUCGAGCUAAAUUAAGUAAUAAAGAAAUUCUACAAAAGUACAAACACUUUUAUUAAAAUAUACAUACAAUAGUUACAAUCAUUUUCACGUGUUAAUCAGGUGAUUGAGAAUAUCACAUUACUAUGCUUCCUGGUAACUCUGCUUGCUAGUGUUCAUAUCCAAGAACAUAAAUGUUGAAUCGAAGUCAUAUUCUUUAAUUAAUUUCAAUGUAUAUCGAAAUGACAAUAGGGAGUGAAUUUAAGCCAAAUAUGUAUGUUUAUACGGUUUCCCUGGUGUACAAUGUUUCCCAAUGAACUUCGCAAGUAUAGUUAAUUAGUACCAAAAGAUACUUUCAUUAAUUUACAAAUUUACAAGGUUAACAUAGGCACAGUGUCUAAAUCUAGUUGUUGGUAUAGAUUAAUAUUUUUGAAAUUUUCUAAAAUUGCAUCUGAGCAACUAUUUCCAGCAAAAUCUCCAUGAUUAGAGAUUCAGACGUGUUGAGUGUUGUAUUAUGUGCGACAGACUAUUUAGUAGGGACCUCCUGGGUUUGAUGACGGCGGGCCAUAGUUAUCCGAUGGAGGCGAUUGUGGAGGAGGUCCGUACUCUGCAUUCUGCUGUGCUUCUUUCUGUAAAUUAAGAUAAAUAUAUUUAAUAACCGUUUAAACAUAUUUUGAGAGUAAAAUGUUACAUAUAUCUAGCGAGAAACACAAAUUCGUUAUAUUUGUACGACUUAUACAUUGACUUAUACAUUGUGCGACUUCAUUAAAAAAUUCUCGAAUCUUUUUUUAAAUAAUGAUUCGAAAGAUAAUGAAAACAAUUGUACGUAUAUAUGAUUAGCGAGUAAGAAAUCAAAUUUUGUAAUCUAAAAAUUGUUAUGUGAUGUUAUAUUGUUUGUGUUGAAAUAUUCGUCCACGCGUUAGGUAAAAUAUUUAACAUGGUUAUGACUUUUGUGUAUUUUAUAUAAAAUGUAUGCAUGUUGUGCAGUUAACAUAAAUACAGUUUUCAUUCAAGA